CUGGCGCCGGCGGUGGCCUGCCAGUCGUCGCGAUGAGCUCCGGGGAGGAUGUCGGGCGGAGGAGUCCGGGGAGGGACUCGGAGCUCCAGGUUACCACCAAAGAACAUGAUUUUGGUCUAGGGGCUCCAGUUUCUGAAGCUGAAAAAUACCAGAAUACUCUCCAGCUAGAACAAGAAGUGAGAAAUCAAGAUAAAUUCAUCUCUGCACUGAAAUUACAGAUUGAAGAUCUCAAACAGACAAAUCAUGACUUGGAAGAAUAUGUUAGGAAACUCUUGGAUAGUAAGGAGGUGGUAAGCAGUCAAGUAGAUGAUUUAACCAGCCACAAUGAGCAUCUUUGUAAAGAAUUGAUUAAAAUUGACCAACUAGCAGAGCAACUAGAAAAAGAGAAAAAUUUUGUGGUGGAUACUGCUGACAAAGAACUUGAAGAAGCAAAGAUUGAACUCAUUUGCCAGCAAAAUAAUAUAAUAGUAUUGGAAGAUACAAUUAAAAGGCUUAGAUCUAUAAUUUUAGAGACUGAAAAAGCACAAAAUAAAUCUCCUUCCAGACUUGAUUCCUUUGUCAAGACUUUAGAAGCAGACAGAGAUUACUACAAGAGUGAAGCUCAAAAUUUGAGAAAGAUGAUCAGAAGUAGAUCUAAAAGUCCAAGACGCCCAUCUCCAUCUUCCCGGGGUACAAACUGUGAUGUCGAGCUUUUGAAGACAACAAGAGACCGUGAAGAACUUAAAUGCAUGCUGGAAAAAUAUGAGCGUCAUUUGGCAGAAAUUCAGGGUAAUGUCAAGGUUCUUACAUCUGAAAGAGACAAGACCUUUCUUCUUUAUGAACAGGCACAAGAAGAAAUUGCCCGACUUCGACGAGAAAUGAUGAAAAACUGUAAAUCUCCUAAAUCAACAACAGCACAUGCCAUCCUCCGGCGGGUGGAGACUGAAAGAGAUGUAGCCUUCACUGAUUUACGAAGAAUGACCACAGAACGAGAUAGCCUGAGGGAAAGGCUAAAGAUUGCCCAAGAGACAGCAUUUAAUGAGAAGGCCCAUUUGGAACAAAGGAUAGAGGAGCUGGAGUGUACAGUUCAUAACCUUGAUGAUGAACGUAUGGAGCAAAUGUCAAAUAUGACUUUGAUGAAGGAAACCAUAACUACUGUGGAAAAAGAAAUGAAAUCACUAGCAAGAAAGGCAAUGGACACUGAAAGUGAACUUGGCAGACAAAAGGCAGAGAAUAAUUCUUUGAGACUUUUAUAUGAAAAUACAGAAAAAGAUCUCUCUGAUACUCAGCGACAUCUUGCUAAGAAAAAGUAUGAGCUACAGCUUACUCAGGAGAAAAUUAUGUGCUUGGAUGAAAAAAUUGAUAAUUUUACCAGGCAAAGUAUUGCCCAGAGAGAAGAAAUCAGCAUUCUUGGUGCAACCCUCAACGAUAUGGCUAAAGAAAAGGAAUGCCUGCAAACAUGUUUGGAUAAAAAAUCUGAGAAUAUUGCAUCCCUUGGAGAGAGUUUGGCAAUGAAAGAAAAGACCAUUUCAGGCAUGAAGAAUAUCAUUGCUGAGAUGGAACAGGCAUCAAGACAGUCUACUGAAGCCCUAAUUAUGUGUGAACAAGACAUUUCCAGAAUGCGUCGGCAAUUGGAUGAAACAAAUGAUGAGCUGGCUCAGAUUGCCAGGGAAAGAGAUAUCUUGGCUCAUGAGAAUGACAAUCUCCAAGAACAGUUUUCUAAAGCUAAACAAGAAAACCAGGCCCUGUCUAAAAAAUUGAAUGAUACGCACAAUGAACUAAAUGACAUAAAACAGAAGGUCCAAGAUACUAAUUUGGAGGUUAACAAGCUGAAGAAUAUAUUAAAGUCUGAAGAAUCUGAGAACCGGCAAAUGAUGGACCAACUCCGAAAAGCCAAUGAAGAUGCUGAAAACUGGGAAAAUAAGGCCCGUCAAGCAGAGGCAGAUAACAAUACCCUCAAAUUAGAACUUAUCACUGCUGAGGCAGAGGGUAACAGAUUGAAAGAAAAAGUAGAUUCUCUGAACAGAGAGGUUGAGCAGCACUUAAAUGCAGAAAGGUCUUACAAGUCCCAGAUUUCUACCUUACACAAGUCAGUUGUAAAGAUGGAAGAAGAACUUCAGAAGGUUCAGUUUGAAAAAGUGUCUGCCCUUGCAGAUUUAUCUUCCACAAGGGAACUUUGUAUUAAACUUGACUCAAGCAAAGAACUUCUUAAUCGACAGCUGAUUGCCAAAGAUCAAGAAAUAGAAAUGAUGGAGAAUGAGUUAGAUUCUGCUCGCUCUGAAAUAGAACUCCUCAGGAGUCAGAUGACAAAUGAGAGAAUCUCCAUGCAGAAUCUAGAAGCUUUGCUGGUGGCCAAUCGAGACAAAGAAUAUCAGUCUCAGAUAGCGCUUCAAGAAAAAGAAUCCGAAAUUCAGCUUCUUAAAGAACACCUUUGUUUGGCAGAAAAUAAAAUGGCCAUCCAGAGUAGAGACGUGGCCCAGUUCAGAAAUGUUGUAACACAAUUGGAAGCCGAUUUAGACAUUACCAAACGACAACUAGGGACGGAACGCUUUGAAAGAGAGAGGGCUGUACAAGAACUUCGCCGCCAGAAUUACUCAAGUACUGCUUAUCAUAUGAGUUCUACAAUAAAGCCAAAUACAAAAUGUCAUUCACCAGAACGUACUCACCAUCGAUCUCCUGACCGAGGCCUAGAUCGAUCAUUAGAAGAGAAUCUUUGCUAUAGAGAUUUCUGACACAUGAAAAGAUUCUUCACAUCCUUGGGAAAGGUCAAAGUUACAAACUGAUUUUUUUUUUGCUAUAUGAUUGCAUUUAUCUUUUGAAUGCUUGACAAUGUUAAAUGUAUUUAUUAACUUUGUGCCUCUGAAUCUCUGUUCUCAUGUGCCAUAUCGCAGUGAUCUGAGAUGACUUAUAGAAACAAAAUGCAUAUGGCUCUUUCUAUCCAUGCAGUAAUAGUGAGUGUAAAAUCUGCUUACUUCACUAUUGAACACUGUUAUGUUAACUAUCCCGAGUAAAUAAAGAAGCUUAUAAAAAGAGGGAAAAGUGUUUUUACAAAACUGAUUUCCUUUCCUUUCUUGA